AUGUCGUCCACACAUUCCAUGUCACUGAUAUCGGUGGUUCUCCUUGUCCGUUCACAUGCUCUUCGUGCCUAUUUCGGUUUGGCAUGCUCAAGAGCGUUCGCCAAUUCCAAGCAAAGGGAACACGAUAAUGAGGGUUCUGUCUACCAUUCCGACAUCUAUGCUAUGAUUGGAGCCAUCUUCUUGUGGGUGUUUUGGCCGUCAUUCAACGCCGGAGUUGCCGAGCCCGCAGAUGCCCGUCAACGAGCUGUCUGUAAUACCGUUCUGUCGCUAGUCGCCUGUACCAUCACCACAUUCCUCAUGUCGCAGGCCACCGAUCACCAUAAGAAAUUCGACAUGGUCCAUAUCGCCAACUCGACUCUUGCCGGUGGUGUGGCAAUCGGAACCACUGCCAAUGUGGUGCUGCACCCACUUCAUGCGCUCAUUGUCGGUGUCAUUGCAGGACUCAUUUCCGUUAUUGGAUUCAGAUACAUCACGCCAUUUUUGUCGAGUAAGCUCGGAGCCCAUGACACUUGUGGAGUCAACAAUCUGCAUGGAAUGCCGGGUGUGCUUGCUGGUCUCCUUUCAGCCGUUUUUGUUCUCGCCUACGAUCCGGCUGAUUACGGCAAAAGCUUGAACAUUAUCUAUCCUGCCAUGAAGAGCGAAACCAAUGAUACAGGGAUAUCGGCUGCUUCACAAGCUGUUAACCAGCUUGUUGGUCUUGCUUUGGUGCUUGUCUGCUCGUUGGUAUCUGGGCUAAUUACUGGUUUCAUUCUGAAAUUGAAAAUAUUCAAUCAAGUACGCCAUCAGGAAUUGUAUGCCGAUGGAGAUUUCUUUGAAACGCCAGCCGAUUACGAUUUCACGACCAGGAUCGUUUCACAUAUCGAUCGUGUUGAAAUCAACGAAUACAGUAAACUCACACAAAAGGAAGUUUAG